GAUUGAUUGAUUGAUUGGUUGGUUGAUUGAUUGAUUGAUCGAUUUAUUGAUAAUCUGUAUUUUGUUCAUCAAAUGCUUUUCCAGGGAGUAGAGGGAACAGGUCUGGCCUUCAUUGUGUUUACAGAAGCCAUCACCAAGAUGCCUGGUUCUCCGGUUUGGUCUGUCCUCUUCUUCAUCAUGCUUUUCUGCUUGGGAGUCUCAAGCCUUUUCGGCAACAUUGAGGGGGUUGUUGUCCCACUGAAAGACCUGAAAUUGUUACCCCAAAAAUGGCCACAAGAAGCACUAACUGGAUUAACAUGUUUUAUCGCCUUCAUCAUCUCCCUCCUGUUUGCUCAGCAUUCAGGGCUAUAUUGGGUAACUCUCUUUGACAACUUUGCUGGAUCUGUUCCACUUCUGACUAUUGGAUUGUUUGAGAUGAUAGCUGUUGCUUACAUCUACGGCAUGGACAGGUUUAAUGAAGACGUAGAGUUCAUGAUUGGUUAUAAACCCUCCUUCUUCUGGCAGGCUUCACUGAGGUUCACGAGCCCUCUGAUCGUUGUGGUUAUUUUAGCUUUCUACCUGGUUACUCUAGGCCAAGAAGAGCUCACUUACUUAGUCUGGGAUCCAGAAUCUGAGAAGUUUCCAGCUCUGGCAUCAGUACCUUACCCUUCGUGGAUCAAUGCUGCUAUCUUUCUUUUGGCAGGAGUCCCCAGUCUGGUAAUGCCUGGGUAUGCACUUUGUAGGCUGGUCUAUGUGAGCUGCAAAAACAGAAUCCAGGGGAACAAUUAGACAAAUUCCUUAAAUCAAUUAUAAAAAAUCUUUAAUGAAGAACUCAAAUUCUAGGAUAUAUAAAUCUCCACUUUUUAAAAAUAUGUUUUUUUUUAUAUAUCCCAUUCUUCUUAAGCUUUGUUUGUCCAUCUGGGCAGGCUACAUUUUAUACUUUUCAAGAAGGUUUUCGCACAUCCAACUAUCUCAUAAAGUAGGUGCGGAGAGUGACAAACUAUUACUUUUAUGAUUCAAGCCCGUCUCCCUGCUCUCUGCUGGUCUGCUCUCCUCCAUACUGGAGGCUCCUGGUUACUUGCCUGCAUUUGCAUAUAAGACAGACAUUGACUUUCACAUUUUUUAAAGUAUGAAAUGUAUUACUUGAAAAGAUAAAUCACAACUUUUCAGUCCCUCUGAACACACUUGACAACGGUUCAGAGAGACUGAAACGUUGUGAUUUUUUAAUAAAUUGGUGAUACUUAUCAAGAGUAGUAUGCGGUAGUAUUUUCUUAUGUAUGUGUAUGAGAUAGUAGUCAGCCACUGUGCCUUUGUGACAAGCUACCAAAGAGCAGAAACAAAGCUACUCAAUACAUACCAACAGUCCAAUUCUUUCUGAUACAUCCUCAUGCAACUCAUAGUCUGAGAGGUUUUUAAAAAUGCAUGGACGAAUCUUCUCUACACCCACUUGGAUGUGCAUUGAUCUUUCACCAGACAUUCCGACAUUAUUUCUCCAUUUUCCCCUUUAAAAGUUUAUUUUUCAUGUGUUUUUAUAAAUGAUUAAUCUUUGCAGACUUUUUUUUGCAUAUUUAAAAAUGAACCUGAAUGGGCCCUCAAUUACUACAAAAGAGUGUUUUUUAUUCUGAAGUCCAUACUACUUCUCAGGGAAUGUUUAAUUGAAUUGAUGCACACGUUCCUUUUAUCGAUACUGUGUGUAAUUUCAUUGUUAAACUCUGAUGAAUUUGUUUUGUGUAUUUCAAGACUGUUUUCUAGUUUUAGUCUAUACUGGAGUUAUUGACAAGUCAUAUUUUAUAUCAAUGUAGCUUGGUUGUUAAUAUUAAAUGUUUUUGUUUAAAUUGAUUCUCGGUUGUUUUCAUUGAGCGUAUGUAACCAUGCACAAAGUCAUUAAAGCCAGGAGAUCAAUUCUAACAGAGCAUAACAUAUUGGGUGGGAAAGAUUUCGUGCAAGUGAUAAAGGAAUUUGUAUGUCUGUUUAAAAAAAAAUGUUGCUUUAGGACUGUUUUCUGACCCAGAACCAGCGUACCAGACUCGUACACAUUGUGUGCUGUCUCUUCAGUCGAUUUAAUGUUCUCGUAACUCAAGUUGCUGCUAUACUUUCCAUCCACAGAGCACUUUGAUGGAUGCAACAGUGGGAUUUGUAGUUUUUUCAGCACAACAUAUUGGGUGGAAAAAAUUUCAUGCAAGUGAUAUGGGAAUUUGUAUUGAUUAAAAAAAACAUGCAACGUG